CGAGAGUCAGACGACUGAAUCUGGCCUCAGUCACACGGAAGAACUGAACAGAUUUGAUGGAAGUGUGUGCUGCGUCAGGAGCCUGCGCACAGACCCCUGUGGCCAAGGCUGGCUUCCUCCCACAGGGUCUGGGCGGGGCGGGCAGGAAGGUGCUGUGACCAGCCCUGUCAGCCACCCACCAGAGCAGCAGCUGAGCUAGCAAGACAAACAGCUGGACCACCUUCCCCCAGGGCUUCAGAAUGGACCUGUGUCAUGCAGAUCUCACCGAGCUCAGCAGCGGGGAGGCCAAGGAGCUCCAGCAGAUCAAAUGGCACCGGAAGCAACUACUGGAAGACAUCCAGAAGCUGAAGGAUGAAAUCGCAGAUGUGUUCGCCCAGAUUGACUGCUUCGAGAGCACCGAGGAGAGCCGAAUGGUGCAGAAAGAGAAGGAGAUGUGUAUUGGGAGGAAGAAAUUCAACAUGGACCCUGCCAAGGGCAUCCAGUAUCUCAUUGAGCACAAGCUGCUGACCUCUGGUGUCCAGGAUAUCGCCCAGUUCCUGUACAAGGGUGACGGCCUCAACAAGACAGCCAUUGGCACCUACUUGGGGGAAAAGGACCCCAUCAACUUGCAGGUCCUACAGGCCUUUGUGGACUGCCAUGAGUUUGCCAAUCUCAACCUCGUUCAGGCCCUCAGGCAGUUCCUGUGGAGCUUCCGGUUACCUGGUGAGGCCCAAAAGAUUGACCGCAUGAUGGAGGCCUUCGCUGCUCGCUACUGCCUCUGCAAUCCAGGUGUCUUCCGGUCCACAGACACCUGCUACGUGCUGUCUUUCUCGGUCAUCAUGCUCAACACUGGCCUACACAACCCCAACGUCCGGGACAGACCGCCCUUCGAGCGCUUCGUAUCCAUGAACCGCGGCAUCAACAAUGGCAGCGACCUGCCGGAGGAGCAGCUGAGGAAUCUCUUUGACAGCAUCAAGAGUGAGCCCUUCUCCAUCCCUGAGGAUGACGGUGGUGACCUCACCCAUACCUUCUUCAAUCCUGACCGUGAAGGCUGGCUACUCAAGCUGGGCGGCCGUGUGAAGACAUGGAAGCGACGCUGGUUCAUCCUCACGGACAACUGUCUCUACUACUUUGAGUUCACCACUGACAAGGAGCCUCGGGGGAUCAUUCCUCUGGAGAACCUUUCCGUGCAGAAGGUGGAUGACCCCAAGAAGCCGUUCUGCCUGGAGUUAUACAACCCUAGCUGCCGGGGCCAGAAGAUAAAGGCAUGCAAGACUGAUGGGGACGGCAAGGUGGUAGAGGGGAAGCAUGAGUCCUACCGCAUCUCAGCCGCCAACGCCGAGGAGCGCGACCAGUGGAUCGAGGCCAUCAGGGCCAGCAUCACCCGUGUCCCCUUCUAUGAUCUGUUGUCUGCUCGGAAAAAGAAGAUUGCCAGUAAGCAGUGAGCUUCUAGGAGGUGGCUCUGGCAAGCCGGUAGGACCUGUGGUAUCUGGAGACACACCUCUCACCCACUGCACCUGUUCCUGCUCACAAACCUACCCUACCCCUCCCCAUCACUGGAACUGGCUAUGGGGGAUGCAGAACCUUGGAUGGCACAGAGCUCACAGGGAAGCCCCUGAUACCAGGACUGCAAGCCAAGAAGAACCUCUGAGGCUCCACCCUGGACCACUGCAGCCCAGGGUAAAGAUGGGGAGAUGAUCCAGCCCAGAGCACACUACCGGUGUGUCCCGCCCUCUCCCUCUCCAUCAGGAGGACCAUAGAUUCCCUGGAAGCUUCCGGUUCAGAGGCAUCCCACCCUUCAAUUGGGCCAGGCUCUCCCUGACAACACCAGGAAUCAGCCUACACCCAAAUCUGAGCCUGAAGCUUCAGACACACCCUUCUGCUGAAUCACAACCAUCUCUGGGUCUUACAGAAAUUCAGGGUUUGGACAGGAAACAUCUUGGCCUUUGGUCAGCUUGACUUCUGGGGUAGCUGGGACAUUAGGUGACUGAACCAGACAGACUGUGCUGGAAGGUUCUGAGGACACCACUGUCACCAUUGUCAAGGCCUUUGACAUGAGAAGAGGCGCAGGGGAGAUCCUCCAGGCAGUAGCAGUAUCUGGCUGGCAGAUAUGAGCUACAGCCGAGAGAAAGGGAGAGGAGAAAACGCUGUAGGCUAUACCCACCAGGAGGACUGCCUGCAGGCCUUGGUGAGCCAGCUAGUAGCAGGGAACUCACGCUUGAACAGACUCUUGCCCAUGGCACCACUACUAGAUGCCUGGUCAGCAGAGCUAGGGUGGUGAGGGGUUACAGACUGGACCCUUGUUCCCACCUCCUGCCAGAACAAAACCAGCUUUCCAUGCACAGCAGGUUCCUUUGUCCCCACCGAGCCCUCACCUGGAGGAGGCUUCUUACCCAGAGCACGUGUUUGAGGAGCAUCCCAUCCAGGGAAAACUCCUCAGCAAAGCUGCAAAAAAUGGGGCUUCCUCUGCUCUGGGCCAGCCUGGGCUCUGAGCAGGAACAGCAGGUGGCCAGGCUGCGUCAUCCCCCCGAAGCAGCCCACACGUGCACACUUCCCACAGGGUAUGUGUGGCAGGAGGGGUGAGACUCCUUGUCUCUGAUGGGCACACACCUGGGAGCUGGGGCACCAGCAGACAGAGCCCUUGCUGGUCAACUGGGGGCUUGAGCUGAGCCCACCUCAGCUGCCCCCAUUUAGGAGUUAAAGGACCCUAAAGCAUUCCUCUGCCUCUGGCAUGCGUUGUGCACAAAGGCUGUGGGACCUUUGUUGUCCCCCUGCCUCCCUCCCAUCCUCAGCUUCCUCCCCAGCACCAAGGUGGUGGGGACGGGGUCAUCAGUUUACUUCCUGUCCUGACACUUAGGAGCAAGAAUAAAGCUCAUGAUCCAACUC